ACAUAGAUGGACACGCGCAGGUCACACGACGAAAGUUCAGAAUUGUGUGCGUCGCGUAGUGGUAUGUUAGCGGUAUCUCGCUCUCUCGCAUCGAGACAGGGAUCGGUGGUGGAGCGAGAGUGAAAGACGAAGAAGCGAGCGGGCGAGCGAGCGAGGGCGAACGCGAGUCGGACCAGCGAGCGUGGAACGGUGUAGAGCGAGCGAGCGUGUGGUGGUGGUGGUGACGACUGGUGCCGUGGACGGACGGUCGGUCGGCGGUCGGACCGUGGUGUGUGAAGAAGUGAAAAAUUCGCAAGUGGUGUGCUAGGUUGGUGAGCUGGCUGGUUAGUGGUGAUAUAUCGGGGUCGCGCCACGGACAGUGCCGGGGAUUUUUUGAUUGUCGGGGGCCUGUUGCCGAGACGUCGAGGGACGACGCGUGGAAACGAAGAAAGAGACCGCGUUAAGAGCAAUGUCUGACCGGGAAAGCCUGGACGAUCAACCGCAAAGAUAUGGAAAUCCAGGCGGCAUGGAUGCUGGAGGGGCCGAUUUCGAUCCUGGCCAGCAGGGUCAGCAGGGGGAACAGGAGUUAGCAACCAAAAUGUUGCAGAUUCAGAGCAAAAGAUUCUAUCUGGAUGUAAAACAGAACAGACGUGGGAGGUUUAUCAAAGUAGCAGAGAUAGGUGCAGAUGGGAGGAGGAGCCAAAUCUACCUGGCGCUUAGUACAGCAUCCGAGUUUCGGAACUAUCUCUCAACGUUUAGUGAUUUUUACGCAUCCCUAGGUCCACCGAGCUCGGAGAACUUACCAGACGACGGGAAACUGAAGUCGGAAGUGAUGACGAAGGAUAACAGGCGGUAUUACCUGGACCUUAAGGAAAAUACUCGCGGCCGUUUCCUGCGGGUGUCGCAGACGAUCACACGGGGUGGACCAAGGACGCAAAUCGCGAUACCGGCACAAGGUAUGAUUGAAUUUCGUGACGCGUUGACGGACCUCCUCGAAGAAUAUGGCACGGAAGAUGGUGGCUUUAAGAUUGACUUGCCAGAUGGACGGUACAUGCGUGUGGAUAGCAAGAAUUUCUAUUUUGAUAUCGGCCAGAAUAACCGUGGUAUCUACAUGAGAAUUUCCGAGGUCAAGACGCACUUUAGAACAGCAAUCACCGUACCCGAGAAAUCCUGGGCGAAUUUCCGUGACAUAUUUGCAGAUUACUGUGAAAGAAUGAGAGAAAAAGGUGUCGCCAGCAACGUUGGUAUGAACAGCGGCGGCGGUGGGAACGUCUUGUCCGAGGGGAGGGGCUCGGUGGUGGCACAGGUACCAUCACCAUCGACCUCACAACAGCCUAAUCCCAAUCCAAAUUUAGACUCUCCCUUAAUGAAGUGAAAAAGGCUUUAACUUAACUCGAACAUUGGAAUUAUAACCGUAACUCGUUUUCAAGUCAUUAAGCGAACUAAAGGAACUUGUCAGAGUCUAUGCCAUCGUCAUCGCCAUUUUCAUCGACAUCGUCAUCGUCAUUCUCACCGUCACCGUCACCGUCACCGUCACCGUUAUCGUUAUCGCCACCGUUACUAUCACCGUCACUCGUCGUCAACUAAAAACACCAAAACUCGCCUGAAAUGGUUAUAUAUAUAUAUAUAUGUAUAUGUAUAUAUAGAUAUAUAUAUACAUAUACACAUGUGUAUCGCAGAGGGUCACAACCGUCAACUGAUUUGUUGAGGUAGAGUCGUGAUCACACAGAUUCGUUGAAAGGGUCCGUGAGAUACCUUAAUCAACGUAUCUGUUUAAUGAUCUAUAUAUCGCCACACGUCGAGGAGGAAAACGAUGAAGGAUAGUGGAAGGAGGAUAGGUGAUGAUGUGCGUUCGCGCGUGCGUGCGUGUGUGUGUAUGUAUGUAUGCGUGUGCGUGUGCGUGCGUGUGUGUGUGUGUGUGUGUGUCUGUAUGUGAGUGCGCGAAAGAAGCGAGUCCUACUACUUGUGCGAUUACACAGAGAUAGAAAAUACGCAACGACGGAGAUCGAGGAUAUAGAGCUCUAUUGCGCGAUUGUCCUUAGGUGGAUACGAGUUGCCAUCGAUUAACGUUAUGUGUACUACCGUUCAUUUCCUGGCCGUAUAUAUAUUUCCGUGGCUACCGCAUCGAUUUCGUUCCGUUUUACGUUCACCGCUUGUUUAUGCUUACGAAAAAAACUCUCGAAAGCUGGUUCUCGACACGGCACGAGCCUAUUAUUCAUACAAUUCAUCACGCAUGUUCGGCGAAAAAAAAAAGAAGACGAAAAGAAAAAUGAAAAAAUGGAUUCUUCGUUGGGAAAUGGACUGUAGUCAAAGUCACGUUGCAAUUGAAUUUGAUCGUUCAGAAUUUAUGAAUAAAUGAAUUGUUAUAUUAACGAUUAUAUCGCAAGGAGAAAGGAGAGCGUGGUGUGGGUAGUCGCGUUAGACAAAGGCUCGUUGAUCGUGGAAAGCGGCAUCACACGGUGCGCUAACUUGACCGAUGUGGUAACCGCGGUUGCUUAAAAAGUACUGAAAAUUUCGACGAAUCUCGUUAGACUCGGCAUUUUUCGGUGUCUAAUGUAACGUAACGCAAGUCCAUCGCGUUUACGUUCACUUUUUUAAGGGCGCGCGCGCGUUGUUCAUCGCUUCGGGGUCAGGUUGUCGCAGACGGAAAAGAAAGGUGUUCGCUCUGCUAGCCACGUGAAAACGUUGAAUCACAAUUUAGACCGCGACGCCGCACACACUCGUUUACAAACUGAACGACGUCUCUAUUAAAGUAAUUAUGAAAUAAUAUAUAACAUAGGUGAAAAAGAAAUGCUAGGCGAAUACGAAUCCCUAUAAUAUGUAUAUUAUACAAAGUUAAUUAUGUUAUGUUUUGUUUCAUCGGUCCGUACGAUAUGUGCGCAUGCAGACGCGAAUGCAUGGGUGUCCGAGAUAUAGAGACGCCAUUACAGAAUGCAAUACGCGAAUCAUAUAAAUAUGUAUAAAUAAACACACAGAUACACACAUACA